ACGACCCUUGCAAGUGGCGAUUCAAACGAUCCGACACGCGAUGGAAGGGUCAACAGUCUUCGGCGCCGAGGGUCAUCCUCUUGUGCAGACCGUGCUCGGCCGAACACGGAUGAACGCCGGGUCCCUGACCACUGUCUUCGCGCUGGUCUUGGCUGGUUUUGUCUCGAUUAAGAUUCUGGUGGCAAUCUGGUCGGAAUGGAGAAGCCCGUUGAACCGAGUGCCGGGUCCCUGGAUAAGCAAAUUCACCGGUGCAUUCUGGGUUGCGUCGGUCAUCCGAGGAACCGCUUUCAGGAAGGCUUUCGAAUAUAGCCAGACCUUUGGUCCCAUCACCAGAGUCGCACCCGAUCAUGUCAUUGUGUCCGAUCGUCGUUCUGUUCACCAGGUUCUCGUAGAGAUCGAUCUCCGCAAGAGCCAGCUCUACGAGAAGUUCCGUCCGUCCCAGGAGGGAGAUUCCCUCUUCACCUUCCUCGACAAGAAGUUGUACCGACAGCGUAGACGGCUCCUGUCGCACGGCUUCAGCGUCAGUUAUCUCCGAGGCCUGGAACACUUGCUGAAGAAGUGCGUGAAGUCGCUGGAAGAUGUUCUGGACGAGCAAUGCCGCCAGAACGGCGGACGCACUACCAUGGACGCCUGGAACCUCAUGGGCUGCGUCACGGCUGACAUCAUCGGCGAGACGGCCUUUGGCGGAUCCUUCGAGUUGGUCAAGAAUGGACAGCAUCCCAUUCGUCAAAGGUUCUCCGAAAGCCUCAAGCGGGGGACUAUGUAUCAACUCAUGCCCUUUCUGAAGCACCUCCCCUUCAUGCCCCCGUUCCAGGACCCCGAGCUGCGACGGCUCCUGGACGAAGUCAUCGAGCGGCGAAGGACGACGGAGGACAAGGUGCCCAAGCAGGACCUGCUCCAAAUCUUGCUUGACGCUCAUGACCAAGAUCCUAAGGGCUUCCCCCUUAUCGACGUCGUCUCGGAGAUGCUAGUCUUCCUCAUCGCCGGCAGCGAUACCCCGUCGGGCACGUUAAGUUUUGCCAUCAUGUUCCUCAUGAACCAUCCUGAGGUGUACCGCCGAGUGGUGGACGAGGUUCGAGAGGCCUUCCCAGAACCCGACUCCGAGGUAACCGACGAACGAAUGGCCGACCUGCCCUACCUGAACGCAAUACUCAAGGAGACGUUGAGAGUCAUGAAUCCUACGGCGUCCGGACUGGCGCGACAGACAGACGAAGACUUGAUCCUUGCUGGCCACCUUAUUCCCGCCGGGACGCGUGUGACUGCCAAUACCCUAGCUCUGCAUUGGGACGAGAACGAGUGGCCCGACCCCAUGAAGUUCGUCCCCGAGCGAUGGCUGGGAGAGUACAAGGGGAUGCAGCAUAACGAGAAGGGUGCCUGGUACCCGUUCGCUGCGGGAUCGAGAAAUUGUAUCGGGAAGCAGUGAGUUUUCUCUCCCACGAAUUCGAACGAAGCGAUGGAGCCCAAUGUUAACG